UGCUGCACCUCCCUCAUUGUCUGAGUGGAAGGCAUCGGGAGUGGAUCCGCCGCUUGGUUCAAUGUAAUCCCGUCUUUGCCCGUCUCACUCACUCAGUCGUCCGCCAUGGCGACAGCAGAACGCCUCUACUCCGGUCCGAGCAACAUCUAAAAAACUUACCCGGGCGUCUUUUUUUUUUUUAGUCACUACCGCUGGACGUGGAUGUAAUAGCCUAUCUCGUUAGGAAAUACAUACGUGUGUGAAAAAGCCUGCAUUUCAAGAGAAGGGGCUGAACAGUGAGCAGUACAGUGCAUCAUGGCAGAGCCAGACCCAGAGCCAAUGGCCUCUGGAGCAGCGCAGCGUCUUGGAGCCCCGGAGACUCUUGGCAUCAGUACGCUGGACCCCGGCCACAAACCGCCGGCCAUGCCCCCUGGACGACAUGUCACCAUCAGGGUCCGCAUGUUGGAUGACACAGAGGAGCUCUUUGACAUCUCGCAAAAAGCCUCGGGCAAGGUGCUAGUUGACCUGGUGUGCUCCCACAUGAACCUCAUUGAGGGCGACUACUUUGGUUUGGAGUUUCAGAACCAUCAAAAGAUGAUGGUUUGGUUAGACCAUAUCAAGCCCAUUAUCAAGCAGCUCAGACGACCGAAGCACACAAUCCUGAGGUUUGCUGUGAAGUUCUUUCCCCCAGACCAUGCCCAGCUACUGGAGGAGCUAACUAGGUACCUGUUUGCCCUCCAGAUCAAACAGGAUGUUUCCUGUGGACGCCUGACCUGCAAUGACACCAGUGCCGCGCUGAUGGUCUCCCAUAUUAUUCAGUCUGAGAUUGGGGACUUUGAGGAGAGCCAGUGCCGGUCACACCUCCUCAACAACAAUUACAUCCCAGAUCAAAUGCCCCUGAUUGAUAAGAUCAUGGAGUUUCAUUCAAAGAAUAUCGGGCAAACACCAGCAGAAUCAGACCAUCAGUUAUUAGAAGUGGCGCGCAGGUUGGAGAUGUAUGGGAUUCGCCUCCACCCUGCCAAAGAUCGAGAGGGCAUGAGGCUCAGCCUGGCUGUGGCGCACACUGGUGUCCUGGUCUUUCAGGGACACACAAAGAUUAAUGCCUUCAACUGGUCUAAAGUGCGCAAACUGAGCUUCAAGAGGAAACGUUUCCUCAUCAAGCUGAGACCAGAUCUAAAUAGUUCAUAUCAGGACACUCUUGAGUUUCUGAUGGGCAGCCGAGACUGCUGCAAAGUCUUCUGGAAGAUCUGUGUCGAAUACCACGCCUUCUUCCGCCUCUUUGAGGAACCUAAGCCCAAGCCCAAGCCGGUGAUCUUCACACGAGGCUCCUCCUUCAGAUUUAGCGGUCGCACACAGAAGCAGGUGAUUGAUUAUGUGAGAGAGUCUGAGUUUAAAAAGAUCCCGUUUGAAAGGAAACACAGUCGGGUCCAACACAACAUCCGCCUGUCACCGUUGCCUUCUCCACGCCCCCAUGAAGUGCCAACAGAAAGUGGUGCUCCUGGGGACAGUGUAGACUCUCCCUCUCAGCGCUGUUGGAAGGAGUCGGUGUUGGUGAGUGCAGAAGACCACUCGGCCUCGAGGACAACAAGGGCCAGCCCGUCUCAACAGAGAAACGGCCUCGGGGACAGAACGGGGUCUGUGUCCAGGACCGAGGAGACAAGAUGUUCAACACAACGGACCCACCCAGAACAUCUGAGUACAGCAGUGGUGUUCAACAGCCCGCACCUGUCUGCAUCCUCUGGUCACUCCCAUGGCAUGGUCAAUGGUCAGAAGUCACUGGAGCUGUGUAGUCACAAUCCCAACGGCCGACAACCUUCCCCCCUCACCAGCCCUCUACUAAACGAUGCCGGCAGCAUUCGCACCGACGAUGAAGACGAAGUUCGGAGGAAGAGGUUCCCAACAGAUCGGGCCUACUUCAUCGCCAAGGAGCUGUUGACCACAGAAAGGACGUAUCUGAAGGACCUAGAGGUGGUGACUGUGUCUUUCCAGAAUGCUGUAGGCCAAGAUGAGGCAACUCCAGAGUCUCUGAAGAACACUGUCCUCUCCACCUUCGAGCCACUGCACAAGUUCCACACAGGAUUUCUCAGGGAGGUGGAGCAGAGGCUGGCUCUAUGGGAAGGACGCUCUAAUGCACACAUAAAAGGAGACUACCAGCGCAUUGGAGAUGUCAUGCUGAAGAACCUUCAAGGCUUGAAGCCCCUGACAGCAAACCUGCAUAAACAGACUGAAGUUAUGUUGGAGCUGGAGAAGGCGUGCAGGGCAUCUCGCAAGUUGGAGGGUCUAUGCAGGGACUUUGAGCUUCAAAAGGUCUGCUACGUCCCUCUCAAUGUCUUCAUUCUGCGGCCUCUGCACCGCCUCAGUCACUACAAGCAGAUCCUGGAGCGCCUUUGCAAACACUACCCAGCUACUCAUGUGGAUUUCAGGGACUGCAGAGCUGCUCUGGCAGAUGUGUCUGAGGUGGCAGAGCAGCUACAGGGAAGCCUAAGCAAGAUGGAGAACUUCCAGAAGCUUCUGGAGCUGAAAAAGGAUCUGAUUGGUGUCGACAAUCUUGUUGUUCCUGGCAGGGAGUUUAUCCGGUUAGGCUGCCUCAGCAAACUGUCUGGAAAAGGCCUACAGCAACGAAUGUUUUUCUUGUUCAACGACGUCAUUUUGUACACAAGUCGAGGGAUGACAGCCACCAAUCAGUUCAAAAUCCAUGGCCAGCUGCCGCUCCAUGGCAUGACAAUCAGAGAGAGUGAAGAUGAGUGGGGUGUGCCGCACGCCUUCACAUUGGUUGGACAGCAGCAGUCGGUGGUGGUGGCAGCAAGUUCACUGAUGGAGAAGGAGAAGUGGAUGGAGGACCUACAGGUGGCAAUAGAGAUGGCAAAAACCAGCAAUGGGCAUUCAUCUGAACUUCUGACCAGCAAUCUGACAGAGAGCAAAUGCCCUGAGGACUCCUCGGCAGAGGCGGAGUCUGAGGACGACAUAACAGCAUCGCACACCUCGCUGGAAAGGCCCUCCCCUCACCGUGGUAACACCAUGGUGCACGUGUGCUGGCAUAGGAACACCAGUGUGUCCAUGGUGGAUUUUAGCAUAGCUGUGGAGAAUCAGCUGUCUGGAAAUUUACUGAGGAAGUUCAAGAACAGCAACGGCUGGCAGAAGCUCUGGGUUGUCUUCACCAACUUCAGUCUGUUUUUCUACAAGUCUCACCAGGAUGAUUAUCCACUAGCCAGCCUUCCUCUUCUGGGUUACUCAGUCACCAUCCCCUCAGAGUGUGAAAACAUCCACAAGGACUACGUCUUCAAACUGCAUUUCAAGUCCCACAUCUACUAUUUCCGAUCGGAGAGUGAAUACACUUUUGAGAGGUGGAUGGAGGUCAUCCGCAGUGCCACGGUCCCCUACAGCGGGGCUCGUGUCCUGAACAACAAAGAUUCUCAUCCUCACUGAGUUGGCUCACCUUGUUUCAACACGUCGUCCGCCUUUGGGUGGCAUCUGCCCUUCCUGUUCCCCUAGACUCUAUUCUUUUCUUUUCUACACAUAACUAGGACAUUUGUACAUGUGUCCAUGCACAUUUGGUGCUUUUUAAUGCUUAAUGGUGACAUGUCCGCUGGUUUAGACUGCAUCAGAGACUACAUUUUUUGGCAUUUUUACUCUCAACUCUGAAACCUCUUUUUAAGGAUGUCAUUUUCUACUGUUUUCUACUGGUCUGAACCACUUCCUAUCUUUCUGGUUUUACAUUUUGUCAUUGGUUGUUUUUUACAGCAGGAACAUGUUAACAUAGAGAUUCAGCAUUAUUUCUUAGAUGGUUAAACUAUCACUGCAUUGGCCUCCGUUUUUUGUCAACUUUUUCAUCUUAUUGAUAACUGCUGCUUCAAAAAUGUCCUGCAACUUCAGUGCCAAACUGGUUUAUAUCAAUAUCCUGGACUUUUUAAUGCUAUUUUGUAACAUUGGAGAUGAGGAGUGUCUCCUUAUACUGGUGUACCAUGACAUUUUAAAUCAUCUUAAAACAGACCAACCCUUUAAUAGUCAAUGCUCUGUCCACACCUGGCCCAGCAACAUGUGUUCUUGUUAAAAAAAGAACACAUUGUUGCAAGAAUAUGUCUCAGACUGUUUUGCUUCUUUUUUGAAUCAACUAAAGUUCCCCUUCAACUGUAUGAGAAAAUGAAUCUCACUUGUUCAUAAUCCUUAUUAUGAAAACUGUUUUGAAAGCUUUAAAGAUGAUGUGUUAAACAAAAUAGAAACUUUCAGUUCCAACCACUGUUGCCCUCACUGAACUAGGCUGCCUCCUGUAUACGGAUACCAGAUCUUUUUAUGGGUCUAAAUGAAUGGAAAUAUGCAUUUGAGAAGGUUUUGCAGUGAGCAAAUGAAAUGGAAAACCUCCGUUCUGUUUAGAAUUGCAGCGUUUUCAGACAACAGAGAGCUCGUUGGAAAUGAAAGCAAUAAAACAAACUUAUUUAAACCUA